GAGAGGCAAGAACUUACAAUGAUAGAAGAGAAAGAUCAAUAUGAGAGACAUGAUUUCAUGAAUGUGGAAAUAUCCAUACAGUCUGAAACAACUUCAUCACAAAAAGAAGUUCAGAAGACUGAAUCUAACAGUUACUUCACCUGCCAUCGAGAGAAGCCUUUUACCUGCAAUCUGUGUGGAAAGACCUUCACAAAUAAAGCACACCUUGAUACCCACAUGAAAAGUCACUCUGGAGAGAAACCUUUUACCUGCAAACUGUGUGGGAAUAGCUUCACACGUAAAGGAUCUCUUAAGAUUCACAUGGUCAUUCACACUGGAGAGAAGCCGUUUCCAUGUGAUCAGUGUGGAAAGUGUUUCAGACAUAAAGCAACCCUUGUUUCACACAUGAAAACUCACACUGGAGAGAGAACUUGCACCUGCAAACUGUGUGGGAAGAGCUUCUCAAAUAAAUCAACCCUUAAUGCCCACAUGAGAAAUCAAACAGGAGAGAGGCCCUUCACUUGCAAAUUGUGUGGGAAUAGCUUCUCACGCAAAGGAUCUCUUAAGAUUCACAUGGUCGUUCACACUGGAGAGAAGCCGUUUCCAUGUGAUCAGUGUGGAAAAUCUUUCAGACAUAAAGCAACCCUUGUUUCACACAUGAAAAGUCACACUGGAGAGAGUCCUUACACCUGCAAGCUGUGUGGGAAGAGCUUCUCAAAUAAAUCAACCCUUAAUGCCCACAUGAGAAAUCACACAGGAGAGAGGCCCUUCACUUGCAAACUGUGUGGGAAGAGCUUCUCAAAAAAAGGUAAUCUUAAGGCUCACAUAAUAACUCAUACAGGAGAGAAGCCUUUCAUGUGUGCUCAGUGUGGAAAAUGUUUUACACGUGAAAUAACCCUUACUUACCACAUGAGGAUUCACUCAAGAGAGAACUGUUUUAAUUGUCAUCAGUGUGGACAGAGAUUCCCAGACAAGAGACACCUUAACUGGCAUGAAAAAAUUCAUUCUCGAUCUUCCACGUGCCAUGACUGUGGAAAGAGUUUCAGAUUUAAAGCAAACCUCAAGGUUCACAUGAGAAUCCACACUGGAGAGAAACCCUUCACCUGCACUCACUGUGGAAAUAAGUUUAGUCAGAACAUAAGCCUUCAGAUUCACACGAGGCUUCACACUGGAGAGAAACCUUUUACCUGCAGUCUGUGUGGGAAGAGCUUCACACAUAAAGCACAAUUUAAUUCCCACAUGAGAAGUCACACUGGAGAGAAACCUUUUACCUGCAAAUUGUGUGGGAAUAGCUUCUCGCGCAAAAGAUCUCUUAAGAUUCACAUGGUCGUUCACAAUGGAGAGAAGCCGUUUCCAUGUGAUCAGUGUGGAAAGUGUUUCAGACAUAAAGCAACCCUUGAUUCACACAUGAAAAGUCACCUGUAGUUAAACCUGCAAACUGUGUGGAAAGAGCUUCUCACAAAAAGGAAAUCUUAAGGCUCACAUGAAACUACAUGUGAAACAACCCUUACUUACCACAUGAGGCUUCACUCAAGAGAGAACUGUUUUAUUUUUCAUCAGUGUGGACAGAUUUACAGACAAGAGACCUGGCAUGAAAAUAUUCAUUCUCGAGAGACAUCUUUCACAUGCACUCUUAAUAUAAAUGGUUCUAAACCGUACCAGAA